ACAGACUUCAGCAUGACGGAGGUCUGAUUCGGUUGAGCUCGGAGCUGCUGGACGCGGAUCACACACGUGGGGAAGGACACCGUGACCUCAGCACUCUACACCGGAAACAUUCUGAAGCGGAAAUGAGGUCCGUUAUGCAGCUUUGUGGAGUUUGUAGCGAACAUGUUCCUAAAUACAGAUGUCCAGCCUGCAGAAUCCGAUAUUGUUCAGUGAGCUGCUUUAAAAGACACAGAGAUGAUGAUGCAUGUCAUCCAGUUAAAGAAUCAGAUCCAGCCUCCAGCAGCUCAACACCAGUGAGCAGCGCUGAAGAGCCGUGGACUGUCGAGGAUCGUCUUGAUGAAGAGAGUCAGACUGAUAAAGUGCCAUUAGAGAAACUUCAGCAGCUCGCUGAUUCAGAGGCGUUGAAGGGUCUGUUGAGGAAUCCUCAUCUCCGCCGGUUAAUGAUGUCCGUGGAUUCUGCUGAAGAUAAAGCCAAAGCCACGAAAGACGCCAUGCAGGAGCCACUGUUCGUGGAGUUUGCUGAUCAGUGCUUAAGAAUUAUUGAACCGACAGAAGCAGAGAAUGAUGAUGAAUUCUGAUUGGACCGAACUGUC